GGUUGGGGUGGAUAUUCGUAUUUCGUGGAAGGCUAGAAAUAACACUUUUAUUUUUUGGUAUAAAUUUAAUAUAUACGCUAAUGCUUGGAUUACUUAGAUGCUGACCAUGGCUCGAGCAAACAAAAUCUUGGAUGACGAUAUCUUUGGACGUUUGGUGGAAUUGGGGAAAUUGCGACACAAAACACGAACCUUAGAAGCAGAAAAGUUAUUUCAGGAACGCAAAAAGAAAGGUGGAAUUACUUUGCCGCACAAUUCUAUAUGUCUCCUUUGUAACUUGGAGUUCUGCACGGGGGAAUACUGCAAUGAAUUUUCAUACGACUUCUUCGCUCGGAUGAUAUUGGGGAAAGAUUAUGACGCAUAUCAGGAAUCAAAGGGAAAGCGGGGCAACGUGAAGAUAAAAAAAUCAGGGAAAUCACGAAACAGCAAAUUGGGAGAAAAACUGAGGAAGAAGCGGAAACACAAUAUCACGACGAAAAAGAAAUAAUAUUAUUAUAGUUCGUACAUUUUCCUACUCACUUAUGCUCCUGAAAUUAUGUAGUACUUCUCAUGGGUUCAGGUUUCUUAUGGGAUUUCGGUUUUGGAUCUACAUAGUUCUGGCGGUUCGAAUAUGGAUGAGAGCAUCCUAUUCGAAACAGUGUUCCGUCUCUACCGGCUAAAAGUCAUUUUCACCAGUGGCUGGCUAAAAGUGGCUCGUCAAAACUAUUAUAAUGGUGGUACACUCUUCACCAACACAAAAUUAUGUUAUAAUCUGGACCUUUAUUAAGUUAAAAUUUCAAGCCGAUCGGGUAAGUCUAACUAGAGAGUUAUCGUACGGAUAGACAGACGGAAGACCUCGGCAUGUGGCGGCAAUAACACACGGCACACACUUUCAAGUUUAUCGGAUGAGUUUAAAGAAAGUUAUGGUGCACGAUGGGUACAUAAGCCGUUUGACUGGGGCUAAAAAUACCAAAUUAAAUUAAUGAAUAAUUUUCUACUAUCAGAAUCAGUGAUGU